AUGGCGGUGAUCCAGGAAGACUCCAUAGUGAUCGCUGGCGGUUCCUCGGGCGGACAUCUCGCAACUAUCAUGGCCUUCACUCAGAACAACCCCACAUUUCAACCUGGGUUCGAGGCGGUUUCCACGCGGUUCAGCGCAUGCAUGGCUUUCUACCCACCAAUCGACUUGACCAACACCAGCGGUCAUGCGCCCGACGGCUAUGCCGCCUGGUUCGCGAGCACCAUCUGCAAGCCAGAGUUCAAUCAGGCCGAAUGGGUCCGGAAGAACGCAUGCCCGAUGGGUAUGGUAACGGGCAAUGGUACCGACUCGCGCCGUUGA